CUGCGCGUGAGCGGGCGUAUUGAAAUGGCGGCGGCCCUGGAAACGGGUAGUUCCGACUCGGACGGCUCGGAGGAGCUGUCCCGGUUCAGAGAGGCGGCCUGGAGUGUCGAUGCUCGGCCGGCGACAGCUGAGACCAGUGAAGAGAAGAGCACUUCAGCGUCAACAAAACCAAGUUGCAGGCAAAAUCAAGAUAAUCAGCAGCACAAUGCAAAUGAGCUGCAGACAACACCAGAAUUCAGAAAUCACGUUGCUAAAAGGCUGGGCAUCUUUCUAGAUAGCAUCAUUACUGUCAACAAUUCUGGACCCUUUCUUAAGCAGCAAGCAGAGAUUGGUGAUGAUGAAGGUUUUCGAUUGUUUUCCACAUCUAUACCUGAGGAGCACAAGAAAUUCAAACCCUCAUCUCCAGUUAAGUGGAAGCCCCCACCUAGUUCAAGUGACUCAGACAGCGAAUUGGAGCGUCUGAAGGAAGCAGUGGUUUCGGGCAAUGACUUGCUUCAGCAAAGUUCCAUCAUCGGCAAUCAGCCAGAGACAAUUUGUGAUGAAGGCCCCAUUGAGGGCAAACUCAAAGAAAGACAAAAGAAAAAGAAAAAGAAAAAGCUGGCUGUUGAAGGUCAGAACGAUUGGAAAGGGGAUGAGGUAGAAGUUUUAAAGAGAAAAUCAAAACAGAAGUGGCAAAUUCUAGAAAAUGGACACAAAUAAACUGAAUUUCCUGAUGAAACUCUUAAGGGACAAGGACACCUCUUCAAAGCAGAAGGUGCUGAUGUUGAAAGAAGAAAGAAGAAAAGAAAGAAACUAAAAAAUGACAAACCUGUACUCAAAAUUCUUAAGAAAGAAAGAGUUGUGGUGGCAGAUUGGUUAUGACAGCUUACCACGUUCAUUGAGGGACUUCACCUAUUUCAAAGGACAGUGCUUACUCUAGGUGAUGUUUUUGAAGCUUUUCUUUUGUGUACUUUUUGGCUAAUUAUUUUGAAAUGAUAUGAAUCUCCAAAUGAGAAAAGAAAGCAAAGAUUUUUCUUUUUUGCACCCUGCCGUCUAGCCCUAGGGAAAAGGUCUUUCAUUGCAGAUCUUUUGGACUGAUUCAACUGAAUUGUGUAUAAUGAACUGUCACUUGAAAGAACUGUGAUUCUGGAGCUCGUUGUUCCACGUAUCUCCUAUUAUCUACCUGAAAAGAUAAUGGUUCCUUUAUUCAUUGCUGUGUCAAAUUGGUCUGAUCUAUGUUUGAAAUUUGAACUGCAGCUAUUUUGGUUUAUUUUUGAAUCUUGAAUAUUUUUUGCUUUCAUUUUUAAUUAUUUUAACACUAUUGUGAUUUAAAUACUGACUCAAAGAACCUUUGUCUAUUUUAAUUUUGUUGUCUUGCUGUUAAUUCUUAAGUAGUUUGUUUACAGCCACGUCACCAGUGCUCUGCUUUCUUUCCCAAUAUAUCAUCGGUUUAAAACAAUGCUUUUAUUUUUAAAAAAUCAAUAUCUUUGCAACAACACAUUGGAUGGUGCAGAUGGCAUGGAAAUUGCAAGAACAAAACUUCAACUGGUUUGCCCAACUGCUCUCAUUCCCAAGAUAUGUUGCUGUGUGAAAAAUUGCUUGAAUCAGUGUGCUACGUGAUGCUACAGUCUUUGCUAUUCAUCACACAUACCUUCGACGCCUCUCCUUCCCAGUGCUCUGGCCAGGCAUUAAAUCUUCAUGUGAGGACAGGCAAUGAGGUUCAGAAACCACAUAAAAUGUAUAUCUAAUUAUGUAUGUGUUAGACUUGAGUGAUAGUCCAUUUCAGCCAAGAGCUGUAGAUAGCAGUCAGACGUGGAUGCUUUCCCUUUGUUUAUUUUAAUAACAAAACUGUAUUUUUAGAUUUAUUUAUCAAAUGUACAGUGAAAUGUUAUUUGUACUAAGAAGCAACACACCCAAGGACGUGCUGGGGCAGCCCAUAAAUGUCGCCAUACAUUCCUGCACCAACCAAGCAAUGCCCAUUGUGCACAGCAGAACACGUAACAUACCAAACAACAAAGUAAAACUUGAUAAUGUAUGUACUCUGCAUUCUCACAAUUAAAUGGAUCCUUGGAAUAGAGAAAUUAGAGUUCAGUCCUUGUAUUGUCUAAUGACCUGCUCUUUGGAGGUUUGGUUAUUGCUACAGAGGGACGGACGGAGGCUUGUGUGGAACAUACCAAUGUGAAGAAUGAGCUGCACAUGAGAGAGAUUUGCAUAGGAGCUAGAUUAGGCUAUUGAUCAGGUCUUGCCAUUCAAUGAAGUAAUGGCUGACCUGAUGUUUCAUUUUUCUCUCCUUACAGGUGCUUACAACUACUGAAAUAGUAGGUUUUUAAUAUCUAAUUGUUGACAAAUUAUCUGAAGCUACUGUAGAUUCCGGUUCUUUACUGGAUGAUUAUUUCCUGUUAUUCCGUAGCACGAGAUGUGUCAAAGUUACUUGCUGUUUUGCUUUCCACUUUAAGAACCUUUUUAACAAACAAAUGUUUUCUUUUAAGAAGUAAAGGGCAAACUCGUCCCUUGUCCAGACCGGCUGGGUUAUUUGGUGUGUAUAAUUAGCUGAUCGUGCUUUCCAUUACAGUAGGACAUCAACACAUUCAUUCAUUUAGAGCAGGGAUUUCUCUGGCAAUUCAGAUUAAAAAGCCCCUGGAUAAAUUCCUGGUACAUAAAUUUCUCUAGGGAUAAAAUUAGGUUAAAGACAUUAAAAUCAUUUUACUUGGUCUAUUUUAGUGAAGCUGUUAAUUAUUUUCAUUGGGAGAAAAUCUUUGUCAAAAGGUAGUGACAGAAAUUUCAUGCAACACACAUCAAAGUUGCUGG